UGAGCUUUUUUCUUGCGGUCCAGGAAGUCCGAAACCGCUACGUUUGCAAAACAGAGGAGGAAUAGUGGAUGGAUUAAAAAAAAAAAAAAAAAAAAAAAACACUACCCAGUUAACCUUGAACCGUGUUCCCUCUGUCUUCACAAGAAAGAGUCACAAGACAGUCCCUCGUAUAAUAUCACGGAUGACAAUCGUAACAGUGGGCAGGCGGUACGAGAGGCGAUUCAUUGAGUUUUUGGGGCAAUCAACAGCGUCUCAACUGAAUAAACCAAACAAACAGACCCAGGCGAGGAGCGGACCGAGGAGCUGUGCGUGGCCCAGAUGAGCUCAACAUUGCACGAGAAAAGACAGUAAGACCAAAGUGAGGCGACCAUGACCACUAUCCAUUUCACUCCAGGGUCGGAUUCCACAGGUGUUAAUGGAAAUAUUGAUAAGAUGGAGGAUGCUACAGUGGAGAUUGACGAUGGGAAGGUGGAGGAUGAUGAACCAGAUACUCUGUACUAUAAGGUCCGGAGGAAAAUAACACCUUUUGUUAUGUCCUUCGGGUUUCGCAUCUUUGGUGUGGUGCUCAUCAUCGUGGACUUUGUGCUGGUGAUCGUGGACCUAGCUCUGGCAGAGAAGAACCGAGAGGUCGGAAACACCUUAGAGGCCGUGUCCCUCACCAUCUCCUUCUUCUUCCUCGUCGACGUUCUCCUGCGGGUCUAUGUGGAGGGAUUCAAGGUGUAUUUCAGCUCCAAACUGAACAUCGUAGAUGCCAGUGUUGUGGUUCUCACGCUGGUGGUCACCAUGAUCUACACCUUCUCUGACAUGUCAGGACCCGUCCUCUUUCCCAGGCUGGUGUCAUUUCUGCGUUUUCUGAGAAUAAUAAUCCUGGUGAGAGUCUUCAGACUGGCAUCGCAGAAGAAAGAGUUGGAGAAGGUCACAAGGCGAAUGGUCUCUGAGAAUAAGCGGCGUUAUCAGAGGGAUGGAUUUGACCUGGACCUCACCUAUGUCACAGACCGUGUCAUCGCCAUGUCUUUCCCCUCAUCCGGGAAGCAGUCUUUCUACAGGAAUCCAAUCAGGGAGGUGGCGAGGUUCUUAGACACUAAACAUGAAGGCCGCUAUAAAGUUUACAACCUCUGCAGUGAGAAAGGCUAUGACCCUAAGUUUUUCCACUACAGGGUGGAACGAGUGUUUAUAGACGACCACAACGUGCCUUCCUUAGAGGACAUGCUGAAGUACACAGCCAGCGUGAGGGAGUGGAUGUCUGCCGAUCCUAAAAACAUCAUUGCCAUUCACUGUAAAGGAGGCAAAGGACGUACAGGUACUCUGGUGUGCACAUGGCUGAUUGACAGUGACCAGUUUGAGAGUGCACAGGACAGUCUGGAAUAUUUUGGUGAGAGGAGGACAGACAAGAGUCGUAGCUCCAAGUUUCAGGGAGUGGAGACCCCCUCUCAGAGCAGGUACGUGGGGUACUACGAGAUCAUGAAGACUAAGUUCAACAGGCAGCUGCCUCCUCCUCAGAGCCUCAGGAUCAAAAGCAUCCGCAUCCACUCUAUAGCAGGAGUGGGCAGAGGUGAUGGCAGUGACCUCAAAGUGAAGAUAAUAGUCAGGAAAGAGCUGGUAUUUCAAUGCGUGUGUGCCAAACAAGAGAAUUGCACAGUAUUUCCUGAUGUUGGCAGUAAUGCAGCAGUGAUCAGCCUACAGAAUGGGCCUGUUGUUCAAGGGGAUGUGAAAGUCAUGUUUGAGUCGAGUGCGGGUCUGCCAAAAGGAUAUGAGGACUGUCCCUUUUACUUCUGGUUUAACACCUCCUUCAUACAGGAUAACAAGCUGUUUCUACCCAGGGAGGAGCUGGACAACCCACACAAAGCCAAGACCUGGGACAUCUACAAGCAGGAUUUUGGCAUCACCAUGUUCUUCUCAGACCCCGAAUAAAUAAAAU